GAGAGAGUGUGUGUGUGUGUGUCUGUGUGUGUCACGGAGAAGAGCGGAGAGAGGGAGAGAGAAGUUUUGUCGUUAAGAGGAAAGUGGUUGAAGCCGAAGGAAUCAAAGCAGUUGGGUUUCUGUUGGUUGGGACUUAAGGAGAACAGGAGCUCUCUUCUUUUCCUUUUCAAUUUCCACUUCAUGUUCAUCAUUGCCUCCGCCAUCACCUCUGCCUUCUCCGGUGCCGGCGUUCGAUUUGGAUUCCGGGAAAUGUCUGCGCCUUCCCGGACCUCUACGUGUUUCGCUCUUCCAUUUCUUGAUCGAUGCCAUGACUGACUUUCUCCUCAGACAUCGAUAUAUUUAAAACCCUAGUUAGAAGGCUUUAAAAGGAUUUACAAAAGAUUUUACCCUCAUACUCGAUGAAAGCUCUGCGGAGAACUCAAACUUCGUCGUCAUCCAAUUCCAAUUCCAAUUCCAACUCCAAUUCUUCUCCUCCUUCCUUGUCAUGGGUUCACUUGCGUUCCGUUUUAGUGGUUGUCAACUCCUCUUCGCCAUCUUCUACUUCUUCCUCCGAUCGAAAUCGUCUCAAAUCACCAUGGUCGCGUCGAAAAAGAAAACAUGCACUUUCACCUCGUCAUUGGAAAAAUGUGUUUAAUCCAGAUGGGAAACUCCGUGAUUGUGGAAUUAAGUUUCUAAAAAAAGUUCGCAGUAGAGGUGUUGAUCCAAGUAUUCGGGCGGAGGUUUGGCCCUUCCUUCUUGGAGUCUAUGACCUCAAGAGCUCUAAAACGGAAAGGGAUAUUGUAAAGACUCAAAAAAGAAAGGAGUAUGAAAAACUUCGUAAACAGUGCAGGCAGUUAAUAAAACGUAGGAAUGAAAGCUCUAAAUGGAAUGAAUUUAGGGACAUGAUUGAUGGGGAAAAUGGCUUUCUUGUCCGAGACAUAGAUUAUCCUAUUUCUGAAGACGGGGUUAGUGCUAGAGAGUCCAUUUCAAGUGAAGAAAGGUGCUCCAAUGUUGAAUUCUUAGAUGAAGCCUUCUGCCCUUUGUUGGAAGGGGAGGGGAAUUCAAGAUGGAUAACAUCUGAUGGUUUUUUGGUACUGAAUUCAGAUUCGUCGGAUUCAGACUCCUCAGAUGACUUGGAUGUUACUCAAACCUUUCCCUCCACGGAUGGAAUGGAAGAGCCUUAUCUUGAUAUGACGGCCAAGGAAAAUUCUUCUCCCUCAAGGACUGAGGUCUUACCUAAUAGUGAAGAUUUUACAACAUGGCAGCGGAUUAUUCGACUUGAUGCACUUCGUUCUAACUCAGAAUGGGUACCAUACUUGUCAUCUCAAGCAAUGGCUUCGAAUGACAGAGCUAGGGAGUACGCUGAAGCUGUUGGUUUAGUUGAUUACGACCAUCUAGAACCUUGUAUGAUUUUCCAUGCUGCAAGGCUAGUGGCAAUUCUUGAAGCAUAUGCUCUCUAUGACCCUGAAAUUGGUUAUUGUCAAGGCAUGAGCGAUCUACUCUCUCCUAUCAUAACCGUGAUUUCAGAGGAUCACGAGGCAUUCUGGUGUUUUGUUGGUUUCAUGCACAAGGCUCGCCACAACUUUAGGCUCGAUGAGGUUGGCAUUAGAAGGCAAUUAAAUAUAGUCUCCAAGAUUAUUAGGUGCAAGGACUCGCACCUUUACAAGCACCUGGAGAAACUUCAGGCCGAGGAUUGCUUUUUUGUUUAUCGGAUGGUUGUGGUGCUAUUCAGAAGGGAGUUGACAUUUGAGCAGACGUUAUGUCUGUGGGAAGUUAUGUGGGCUGAUCAGGCAGCCAUAAGGGCUGGAAUAGGGAAGUCUGCAUGGAGCCGGAUACGGCAACGAGCUCCCCCAACAGAUGAUUUACUGCUCUAUGCGAUAGCUGCUUCAGUACUACAGAGAAGAAAACUGAUCAUAGAGAAGUAUAAUAGCAUGGAUGAAAUAAUGAGGGAAUGUAAUAGCAUGGCUGGGCACCUUGAUGUGUGGAAGCUUCUCGACGGUGCACACGAUUUGGUGGUAACUUUACACGACAAGAUAGAGACGUCCUUCCAAUAAGUGACGGGUCCAUUUUCAUUUUCAUUUCCAUUCUAGUUUUCACUAAACUGUUGGUAUGGUAGUCUUGGCUGUUGGGGUCCUGAAAAGGGUGGGAACUUGGGGCCAUUCGUUAUGCUGUCGGAACUGCAGCUUACAAUGAAAAGCUCCUAAGUUAGAAUAUCUGUUUGGGUUAGUGCACAUACUAUAAAACCUCAAAAGUUAAAGACAUCAUAGCAAGCAGGCAUUCAUUCAAAUGAUGAAGAAAACCAGUUGGCUUGUGUCUGAAAUAUACGAGGUGAGACGAUGGCGAAUCAGUUUAGAAUAGAACCGAAUCCAAUGAUUCAUGGAAACGCCUGUUUUUGUAUCAAAACUUAUCACCUCGCCAUUCCUGUGUUCACAUAUGUCUCAAACAAGUCAUGUUGCUUUGCUUUGUGGUAUAAGUUAUAUGAACUUCUGACCUAUAGUGUUUGUGUGAUAUCUUAUACUUGACUUUAUUCGUUUUUCUUUU